GUAAGCUUGAGCAACAUUCGAAAGUUCAGCGCUACAACGACAACAAGGACAAUACAAGUGUGAUUCUCCCUUGCUCCUAAGAGGAUUUUGCGAAUGCUUCCGUCCGUUAAACAUAUUACAAGAUGCCAGGACAAAUGUUUGAUCAUAUCCGGGACAUGUAUCAAGCGGAGCUGUACGAGGACUUGAAACAGCUUCUGUGUGUUGUGCUGUCCAUGAUAGACGGCAAUGCAGGGGGAGAGGCCGGGGAGAUCUUGUCCCUGCCUCAGAAGUACCAGAGCCUCAUCUACUACGGCGAAGCUCUCUACCAGCUCGGAGAGUACAAGAAAGCCGAGAGUGUGUUCAUGAGAUGUCUGCUGCUAAGGAAGACACUGAACAAGAGCAAGAUCAAGAGUGUGUCAUCCACAGAACUGACUUUGGAGGUGGAUGUGAAGUACAAGAUCUACCAGUGUCUGCACAAGAUGAAACAAAACUCCGAAGCUCUGAGCGUGCUGGAGAGCAUCAACACCAAGAAGAGGACGUCCCGGGUGAACCUAGCUCUGGCCAAGCUCUAUCUCCACGAGGGACGAGACCGCUCCGCCAUCACCUGCUACAAGGAGGUCAUCAGAGAACACCCCUUGGCACUGGACGCUCUCACGGGCCUACUCAGUCUGGGGAUGAGAGGCGUCGACCUGAUGACCUACAUCAUGAACAGUAUCCCGCAAGUGUCCUGUGAUUGGUUGAACACAUGGAUCAAGGGCCACGCCCACAUGGCAGCCAAGGAGUACAGCAGUGCCAUAUCUACGUUCAGGACCAUGGAGCCCAGGCAUGGACUCAAGGACAACGUGUUGGUCCUCAGCUACCUGGGAGAAGGCUGUUUCCACGCCGGUCACUUCGCACAAGCCCUCACACAGUUCCGACGGAUCCACACCCUGGACCCACUGUACCUCAAAAACAUGGACAUGUUUGCCUAUCUGCUGGCCAAGGAGAAAAAGCUGUCAGAUCUCCACUGCCUGGCUCAGAACCUGAUGUCAGUGUCGGAGCAGAGCGUGGAGCCGUGGGUGGCCAUGGGCUACAGCUCUCUACACUCACCCACACUCAACAAGUACAAGACCAUCCGGGCCAUCUACUGCGCGCAGAAGGCGUACUCCCUAGACAACCUGUGCGUCCAGGCUCUGGUGCUGAAGGGUGCGGGGCUCCUAGACAUGAAGAAGUCCCAGCAGGCCAUGCAGCACUUCCAGGAGGCUGUCAGGAUGGCGCCCAGCCGAUUUGAGGCCUAUCAAGGGCUCAUCGACUGCUGCAUGAGUAACCGCAAGAUGAAGGAGGCGUACGCGUGGGCGAUGAGGGCCUGCAAGACAAUCGGCAAUAACGCCAGGACUUUCACGCUUGUGGCCUCAGUACUUGCUAAAGAUCCAAACAACAUUGCUAAGGCUAAGCAGUACCUGAACCGGGCCAUGACCUUCGACCCCAACCUCCUUGACCCUGUGUACCUGAUGGUGGAGAUUCUCAUACAGGAGCAGGAGUUUGCCAAAGGAGUCGAGUUGCUUCGGAAAAUGCUGGAGAACCACAGCACCACACGUCUGCACCAGCAACUGGCCGACUGUCUGGCCAAUAUGAACCAACACCAGGAGGCGCUCGACCAGUACAGCAUCUCUCUAAGCUUGGAUCCCAACAACGUGCGGGCGCGAGAGGCCAGUGAGAUUGUGGAGAAGCACAACGAGAUGGGUCUCGAGUCGUUUAUUCCAGACGUGGACGCCGAGGAGAUGAUGAACGCGAGUGACGGAGAG